UCGAAAACAAACUAUAAGCUGUAAUGAGUGGACGAGGAAAAACCGGUGGAAAGGUUCGCGCCAAAGCCAAGAGUCGCUCUUCCAGGGCUGGACUGCAAUUCCCCGUCGGCCGUGUUCACAGGCUUCUCCGCAAAGGCAAUUAUGCCCAGCGUGUUGGUGCCGGUGCUCCGGUUUAUUUGGCCGCUGUGCUCGAGUAUCUCACAGCUGAGAUCCUGGAGUUGGCUGGAAACGCCGCUCGCGACAACAAGAAGACCCGUAUCAUUCCUCGUCACCUGCAGCUGGCGGUGCGCAAUGACGAGGAGUUGAACAAGCUUCUGGGUGGUGUGACCAUCGCUCAGGGUGGUGUGCUGCCCAACAUUCAGGCCGUGCUGCUGCCCAAGAAAACCGAGAAAACAGCGAAGACCAAAUAAACUGACAAGAGGUUCUCCUAAAACAAAAGGCUCUUUUAAGAGCCACCCAAUUUCUCCUUGAGAGAGUGAUUUCUUUACUCCAAUCACUAUUUAAGUUGAUACCAGCAUACAAUGAAAUACGUUGUUGUACUUUUUUCAUUAUGUAUAAAUGGUUUUAUUAACGUCAUGAGAUUUGCAAGUUCCAAGUAUGGGUUUUUCCUGGCAUUUUUCAUCCUGGACUUUUAUUUUGUUUUUUUUUAUUACAUAGGUUCUUUAGAAAAUUAAUAAUAACUAACAUCAUUAUAGGCACAUAACCUCCAAAAAUCAUAUUUUCCCACCUCAGGCAUUAAAGACCUUUUUAUUAUUAAUAUUAUCAGAUUUAAAUGCCUUUUAUUCUCAACUCUGUAGGGACAAAAAGGAAUUGGUUUUAAAAAGGUUUUACACAGAACUUGUUUGAACAAACAUCUACCUACUGCUCGUGUCCCUCAUAACAAUUUAGUAACUACAAAUGUAUCAUGAUGAUUUUCACAUUUUCCCCCCAAAAGAAUGAGAAUGUUACGGGGUUGAAGAUUGUAACCGGUUUGAAGGGAGACAUUGCCUUCACUUUUAUAUUUUUAAUUUUGUCUCUCUCUCAUAUUGUGCCCUUCUUUCUGGGUCAAAAUAUCUGCAUGUCUUUCUGCUGCUGAUGUUGUUGUCAUUUUAAGCAAAAUGGCCACUGCUCCUCAUGCAGUGAGUAGACCAUAUAUG